GGCGGUGUUGGCGGUCGCGGCUCGCCCAUCACCAGCGAGAUAUGCGAGGCGGGCGACCCGGAUGCCUGGAAUCAAUCAUGCGAACCCAUCGACCGAGAGGCACAGGCUCCAGACGGGACUAAUAUGCUCUAGCCGUCCUCCUGCGCAGUGUACCACGCCAAACGCGAGCUCGCGAGGAGUCUCGUGGCCUGCAGACAUGGUGGCCUGCGGACAUGGUGGUCUCAGACGCCUGUGUCGCGCUGCGAACAUGAUCGUCUGCAUCGGGACAUGGCCCAGCCAGAUCCCCUCGCUGUACAGUAUAGUCUCAGUGUACUGUAUACGCUCGAGCUGUGCGCGGUAGAAGGUAUCCAUGUGCCGCCUCUGACAAAUACGCAUUGACAUGCUACCUGGUAGGUCCAGGUAGGAUACCAGCAUGGUGGUCAAUGAGGCACUGGACUUGCUCACCGUGGCCAUGCAGGUGCGAAUGCUUGUGUGAAGCACAGAGAUCUGCUUGGCACAUUUUGGAAGCUCGCUUGGCGCUCGAUGCCCCAGGAACGUCUACAAACUCUAUCAGGGGAACAUGAGGAGACCACGCCCAACAUGAAACACAUUCGACCUCUGUGACGUCCAGAGCCAUCAUUUGCUGUGCAAAGUGCAGAAUGACGGCCUGAGAUGAGAGCUGCCGAGUCGUGUCUGGUGUGGUCGGUCAGUACUGACUCGUCGUUCUUGUUUGUUGCAGGGGACUUCGUAAAAGACACCGUGCUCCCCGUACGGGACUCGCCUGAAUCCCAGCAAUCCUGAAAGAAGUUCAGCAGAUCCGUUUCAGACAAAUUGGAGAUCGAACUUUACACUCUCUUGCAACCUCGAGGAACCAAAGUGUACCAGUGCCUGAUCCCCGCUGCGACCUGGCGAUAUGCAAGAAGGAGCGCUUGGCAACGCGAUACCGACCACGAACUGCUGCGUUAGACCGCAACUUCGUUGCAAGCAUGUCCUUGCGUGGCGCUGAUUCAUACUUUGGGAUCAAACGUAGGUUCACCAGAGGCGAUUCUAAAUACUUCCUAGACCCUGUCCUGCGUGUCUUGCAAUUGGGCGCGAUGACGAUUGAAAUCUCCCGGGCUUCUGAAUAGCAAAAUACAGAUGGGAUCGCAGCAAUCCUCGAUAUGAGCCUACUGAUCGACUACCGGCUUUCUCAUAUGUCCAUCUCGACGGCCACGGGCGUUGUUUCUCGCUUCCUCACCUCUACGCCGACAAGCGCACCCAGCGAAACCGGAUCAUGAAGUAUCCUACUGCUGCCAUCCUAUCACCAUUACACUAGCGCGCGGUGUAGUGCUUGAAACUAGAGGUUGAAUCUUUGGCGAUCUAUCACAGUACUUCGGUGAAGUUCGGUCUGUCACCAGCGACCAUUACCACACCAGCGCACGGUCUGCCACAGUCAUUGAAGCAAUUGCGAGUUGGGAUGUACUUCGGUGAACUUCGGUCUUGAUCAGGAACUUCUUGGACCGAACAGCCCCGGGUGCUCGCAUAAGCGGUCGCACCGAUGGAGAUCCGACAAAGACAAGACGACCAAUUCAGGUCAAAUCAACAGCAAGGCCAAGGCAAUCAGAAUUCGAACCAGCAGCAAGGUCAGAAUAAUCAAGGCCAGCAGCAGCAGCAAGGCCAGAAUCAGCAACAAGGUCAACCCCAACAACAAGGCCAAAACAACAACAACAACAACAACCAGCAGCAGCAGCAAGGCCAGAACCAGCAACAAGGUCAGAACCAACAACAAGGCCAAAAUAAUAACAACAACCAGCAGCAGCAGCAAGGCCAAAACCAGCAACAAGGUCAGAACCAACAACAAGGCCAAAAUAAUAACAAUCAGCAGCAGCAAGGCCAAAGCAACCAAGGCCAGAACCAGCAGCAGGGCCAAAACAAUAAUAACAAUCAGCAGCAAGGCCAGAACAACCAAGGCCAGAACAACCAAGGCCAGAACAACCAAGGCCAGAACAACCAAGGCCAGAACAACCAAGGUCAGAACCAGCAACAAGGUCAGAACCAACAACAAGGUCAGAACCAACAACAAGGCCAAAACAAUAACAACAACAACAAUCAGCAAGGCCAGAACAACCAAGGCCAGCAGCAGCAAGGUCAGAACCAACAGCAAGGCCAGAACCAACAACAAGGCCAAAACAACAACAACAACAACAACAAUCAGCAGCAGCAGCAGCAGCAAGGCCAAAACAAUAACAAUAACCAGCAGCAGCAAGGUCAAGGUGAUCGGGGUCAGAAUCAAAACGGGAACCAGCAGUCGAAUGGGAAUUCGCAAUCCCAAGGACAGGAUGGGGACCGCGGCAACGAUAACAAUUCCAACGAUCGAGGUAACGGCGGUUCGCAGUCUCAAGGGCAGAAUGGGAACAAUGACAAUGAUCGUGGCAAUCAAGGGCAAAAUGGAGGCAACGAUGGCAACCGUGGCAACAAUGGUUCUCAGAGCUCUCAACAAGGCCAACAAAACGGUAACAAUCAAUACGGGGGCAACGGCAAUUCCCAGAACGGUGAGCAGCAGUCUGUUGACUCGGGAAAGACAGCAAUAAUAUCCGGGAGUGCCGCAGGCGCCGUCGUCAUAAUAGUAGUGAUAGUUUUCAUAUGGUGGCGAAGACGUCGUGGGGCAACAUACGGAGAUAUAGCACGCUUCAGGAGGCAUACGCCCACCGUUGUACCCGAGCAACACCACGAAAGUGGCUUUGCAGCGAUGCCAGUAUAUCGCAACAACACCUACUCUGUGCAUAGAUCACCAGCAGACGCGUUGAGAAAUGUUUCGGAACCACCUGAAAUGACAACGUUAGCACCACCUGCAGUGACUGUGCCAGAGACGUCACCACAUCGCGGCUCUGUGACUGAAAGCACGUUGUGGAAAUCUGCGAAUCCUCCUCUACCAUCUCCAGAGGAGAGAGGCUGGCCGUUGACGGACACGGCGACUGCCGUCAUCGCCAACCAGCCACCUCGAUACGAGCUCAGCAGAAGCAAAAGCGGCACCGGUCUGGUCUGCAAAAAGACCGCUGAUGCCACCAGUAGUGGAGACAACACCCCCACCGCAAACUCUCCCGUCGAGUCUCAUCGUGGUGGACGAUGGUCUUGGACCAAUUCGCAGGCGCCCAGCACCCCUCGCGCUGCCGCGCCCAACGCCAGAGCAUCUCUCACCAGCUUGACGUCUCGUCACUUUGCGAACUUGAUGAGAGGCCAUGCUACUCCCAAAGAGGAUACAUCCAAAGGCACUGGAGCUCCCAAAACCGCACUGAAGAACCACGCGACCACACCUGUCCUUGCCCCGCCUCGGGUAGGCCGAAAGAUGUCCCAGAAGUCGAAGCUUGGACACCAACCGAGAGUGGGGAACCUGUCCAUGAUAUCAAAGCCUCUUGGCCCUGCAAUCAAUAGCCCUGACGAAGCCCAUUCACCCCUUUCGACCAAAGAAGACACAUCGAGGGAAAGCAGCAGCACGGCCGCGAUAUCACCCGUCAUCGAGACAAGACCACAACACUACCGCUGGAAGUGAUGAUGAUGAUGAUGCCAACGAGCCAGCGAGCGAGCGAUAGAAGGGACGCAGGCCGUUCUUUUUGUUUUCUUCUCGGUCUACGAUUCACAACGCAUACCCAACAGCAACAAUACUCUGUCCUGUCCUUUCCUUUUCCGUGCACAUGCAGUCUUUACGAUAUGAUACCCUAUGCUUUGCGUUUCGCUCCUCUCCUCGUUUUGCCUGGCAACGUUUUGGGGAUUGAACAAAAGGCGGUACUGCUACUACUGCGCGCCCGCACGCUCAACUGCUAUGUAACAAUCGAUGAAUGUAUAACAAACAUACCUGAGGUAUAUAACUAUCUAUACAUGUACUUACCUGCUGUACCC